UCGCAUCUUCGACCAACCCGAGGCGUUUUUGUUGUGGCGUGUGACCGGAGGAGGCGGGAGCUCAGGACCGGCGCCUUCUCCUUGCUUCUGGGGUCGUGGCCUUCCUCCCGCUGUGCGGGAAAAGAAUCUAGGCCCUUCCACGCGCUUGUGAGCGCGGGGACCCCGGGGUGCUCGUGGUUCCGCGCUAGGUCUCCGUGGGGGGGCAGGAACCGGAGCUAUGGGUGGGACCGCCAGCACCCGCCGAGUCACCUUCGAGGCGGACGAGAAUGAGAACAUCACGGUGGUGAAGGGCAUCCGGCUUUCGGAAAAUGUGAUUGAUCGAAUGAAGGAAUCCUCUGCAUCUGGCUCGAAGUCUCAGCGGUAUUCGGGUGCUUACGGUGCCUCAGUUUCUGAUGAAGAAUUGAAAAGAAGAGUGGCUGAGGAGCUGGCAUUGGAGCAAGCCAAGAAAGAAUCUGAAGAUCAGAAACGACUAAAGCAAGCCAGAGAGCUAGACCAAGAGAGGGCUGCUGCCAAUGAGCAGUUAACCAGAGCCAUCCUUCGGGAGAGGAUAUCAAGUGAGGAGGAACGCGCUAAGGCAAAGCACCUGGAUAUUGAAGACAAAGCUAGGCAGCUGGAAGAGAAAGACCGAGUGCUCAAGAAGCAGGAUGCAUUCUACAAAGAACAGCUGGCUAGACUGGAGGAGAGGAGCUCAGAGUUCUACAAAGUCACCACUGAACAAUAUCAGAAAGCUGCUGAAGAGGUGGAAGCAAAGUUCAAGCGAUAUGAGUCUCAUCCAGUCUGUGCUGAUCUGCAGGCCAAGAUUCUCCAGUGUUACCGUGAGAACACACACCAGACCCUCAAAUGCUCUGCUCUGGCCAGCCAGUAUAUGCACUGUGUCAAUCAUGCCAAACAGAGCAUGCUUGAGAAGGGAGGAUAACAACACAGAACAAGCAAACACCAUCAACGUUAAUUCCAGAGAUGGAACAUUUUUUUUCCUAGUAAGCAAACAACCCAUUUGAAGAGAAGACCACUAAUGAGAAGACCACUAAAGAGAGACACCAGAGAAUGGAUUCAACAGAAUCAUUUCACAUUUUGAACAGUGGCAAUUUGAAGGGCCAAAGCCUUGACCAGGCGUCAGUCAUUAAAGGACACCCCUCAGUAUUAGUAAACCCUCUUAUGACGAUUGAAAGAGAAGGGCAGCCUUCUCCACCUUUUGGUACUUUCUGUUCAACUUCCACUGACUAUAAAAUGUUUCUCUUCUGAGGGAGCCCCAUCAUUUGGUGAAGCUCCACCCUAACAAAAUGGGAUAUGUGGGGGGCUAAAUGAACUGGAGUGGGGCGAGGAGAGAGUCAGAAAACAUCGCUCUUGGGGCAGCAGUGCGGGGUGGAAUUGUCUAGGCUGCGGGAUGUUGGUUUUGUCUCUCUUUCUUUUCUUCUUUGCUUAUAUAAGAGCAAUUUCAUUUUAACUUACUAUGGCGAUCAUACAGGCAAGAAGGCAAAAAGGAGCGAAAAUGUACCUCUUUUACUGGAAUAAUGUUUAUGAUUACAAGUGAGAUAAGGUAUUUUUAUCAAUAUGAAGGCAACCUUGGCUGAUAUAACCUCGGUAGUGAAUACUGACAUCUUUACUUCACUCACUAUCCAUAAUAAAUAUAUUUUCUGACAAAGACUCGCAUUGUA